AUGUCUAAACAGUCGCACACAAUCACUGCAACUGAUUUAAACAGCGCUAUACCCCUUCUUCGGAGCAAUACCAAGAGAAACGCUCACCUUUACAAAAACAUUGAAAUACAACCAAAAGAGCUGUCUUGGGGAUCAAAUAGCUCGCUUGAGAGUGUAGAGUAUGAUAUCAUUAUUGCUGCCGACAUUACAUACAAUAUGUCAUCGUUCCAACUUCUGCGAAACACUUUAUCCAACUUAUUCACCGCGAAUCCAUCAACCAAGCUAAUUCUAGCGCACAAAUAUAGGGAUUAUCAAGAAGACACCUUCUGGGAUCAUGCUAGCCAAAUAAAUCUCAAAUCGACUCACCUCAAAUCUAUUGGAUGCGGCAGACGAGGCUAUGAGACUGAAAUAUGGGAAUUUAAGAGGAUGUAA